AGCAAAGGCGGGAGACUGAAAGUCUGGGGCCUGGGAGAUCUCUCAGCCCCACAUUCAGCCUAUUCCCCGGGGAUUUCAACUGCAGUAGACACUCUCCCUGGAUUUGGUGUUCUCAGUCUGUGGUAGGAUCAUGAAGGGGGAACUGCUGUGGCUAGGAUGUCUCCUUCCCAUAAUGGUGGCAGGGAGGUCUGUGAAGCCCGUGGAUCAGGAGGAGGCUCUGGAUUACCUAAUAAAGUAUGGAUACCUGCAGAAGCCCCUGGAGAGAAUGACAGAUGGUUUUGGGCCAGAAGAGGUAACAGAAGCAGUGAGGUCCUUCCAGGAAGCUUCAGAGCUGCCAGUCUCUGGACAGUUGGAUUGGGUAACAAGGGCACGAAUGGGGGAGCCCCGCUGUGGCCUGGAGGAUCCCUUCAACCAGAAGACCCAAAAAUAUUUACUUCUAGGUCGCUGGCGGAAGAGGCAUCUAACAUUCCGUAUCUUGAAUUGGCCAUCCACCCUCCCAAUCCACACUGCCAAGGCAGCCAUUCACACUGCCUUCAGAUAUUGGAGCAGGGUGGCCUCCCUGAGCUUUCGAGAGGUUCAGGCAGGCUGGGCAGAUAUUCGUCUCUCCUUCCAUGGCCGGCACAGCCCCCACUGCUCACGAGGUUUUGACGGACCUGGGAAGGUCCUGGCCCACGCCGACAUCCCUGAAUCGGGCAGUGUGCACUUUGAUGAAUCUGAGACAUGGACAGAAGGGACCAAAAUGGGGGUGAAUCUUCGAAUCAUUGCAGCCCAUGAGCUUGGCCAUGCGCUAGGGCUGGGCCAUUCCCGAUACCCACAGGCCCUUAUGGCACCUGUUUAUUCUGGCUUCCGGCCCCACUUCCAGCUUCACCCUGAUGAUGUGGCAGGGAUUCAGGCCCUCUACGGCAAGAGAAUCCCUCCUAGUGGAGAGGAGGAAGAGGAGGUGGAGGAGGAAGGGAACGAAGUUUCUGUUGUAACCCCAGGGCCCAGACUGCCGGGAGCUGUGCCUGACCCCUGCAGUGGAGAGCUGGAUGCCAUGAUGCUAGGCCCUCAUGGAAAGACAUAUGCCUUCAAAGGAGACUAUGUAUGGACAGUGACUGGCUCCAGACUGGGGCCCCUUUUCCAUGUGGCGACCUUAUGGAAAGGGCUCCCAGGGAACCUGGAUGCUGCUGUCUACUCUCCUCGUACAAAAUGGAUCCAUUUCUUUAAAGGUAAUAUGAUCUGGCGUUAUAUGGGCUUCAAAUUGGUCCCUGGCUUCCCUAAGCGGCUAAGUCACGUGGGACCCAACUUGGAUGCAGCUCUGUACUGGCCCCUCAACCAGAAAGUUUUCCUUUUCAAGGGCUCUGGGUAUUGGCAGUGGGAUGAGUUGGCAGUGAAUGACUUCAGCCGUUACCCAAAGCCAAUAGGAAAGCUGUUCACUGGGGUGCCAGAUAAGCCCUCCGCGGCCUUGAGCUGGCAGGACGGCAAAGUAUACUUCUUCAAGGGGAAAAAGUACUGGCGCCUGAACCAGCAGCUUCGAGUGGAGAAAGGCUUUCCCAAGGACACUUCCCAGAACUGGAUGCACUGUCUCCCCCCAGCCACGGGCACUACAGCCUCAGCCACCAGCUCCACCCCAAGAACUGAACUGUCCACUUAGCCACAAAAAGGACCACAUCUUUCUCAGCUCCAGAUAACUCUGCUUCACUUCUUCCCACUACCACUCUUGCUCAUGAAUAGGAACUGGCUCUAGUCUUUAAAUCCUGGGCACCCUAACCCUGAAAUCUGCCCCACCCCCAAGGACAGUACCACCAGCUAUGGGCAACAUGCCUCUGGUCCUGGGCUCAUUUCUUCACUCUUGACGGUGGCACUUUGUCCCUGGAGUAGUAACUUCCUUUGACCUAGUGCACCUAGCCCUCCUAGAUGGCUACCAUGCCUUCCCCACUUUGGCAGGAACAUCCUUUCUUUUGUAUCAAACAUUGACUACUGCCUGGUCAUGCACACCUUCUCCCUCCUCUUGGACAGCAUCAUCAACUUCGUGCCCUAAGGGAAUGGCUCUAUGGCCCUGAGGCCAUCUCUAAUUUCAACAGUUGACCGUACUACCCCUUAGAAUUGGAGGGGAAGGGAGUAUUUGCAAACUGGGACCAAAAAACGUUUACAGAGCUUAGUGUGGUUAUCUUUAUAGUUCUUGCUGUAGUCAAUGCAUAGCCUCAAAAAAUCCAAAUAGGGCAUCGCUGAAAAAUUGGAGUACAAGGCAAGAAAUGUCACCCUUCGAAACUGAAGUUAGUCCAAUAUAGUGACCAAAUGAUGAAACAACUCUCCCUGGGAGAUGUGAUCUCUCUUUCACCACAGCAUCUUGUGAUUCUCUUAUGCACUGAUCAUAUACUAAUUUAUAAGUUAUUGUUGUAAAUGUCUUAUUAUUCCUACUAGAUUGUAAGCCCCUGGAGGGCAAGGACCAAGUCUUAUUUAAGCUUUUAUCUACCCAAGCACCUAGCAGUGUACUUUUUUUUUUGGAGGAGGGAAGGCAGGGCAAUUGGGGUUAAAUAACUUGCCCAAGGUCACACAGCUAGU